ACCGGAAGCUUUACAUUAGCGGAAGAAGGGGUGUAACUUCCUGGAAACAAAGAGGUUUAUCAAUAGUCUCUGAUAUCAGUCCGUGUUUGUUAUCGAUUUUCAGUUGCUCAGUAAAGCUCUCUGAGCCUCCCGGUGUCUGUCAGCGCGGUGAUCCACGGGAACAAACCGGAGAUCAAACCGCUAACAUUCGCUGCCGCUGUUAGCUUUAGCUGCUGUUAGCCUAGCCGAGCUCAUCCGAACGGAGUUAACUCGGUUGGUCCCGGAUCGGACCGGACCGGGUGAGCAGCGGUUCUACCAUGGGAGCCCACCGCAGUGAGGGAGGCCGGGACUGGCUGGAACAGGACGGACCGGAGCAGCCGGAACAGAGCCCGAAGCCCUGGAACCUGAUGAUCAAACACAGACAGAUUCACAGACGAGGACGACGCUCACACAUGACUGUCAGUUACACUGAUCCUCAGGUGUCCAUGGACCUAUUGAGGGCGGUGCUUCAGCCCAGCUUCAACGAUGACAUCAUGGCUGUGUUCAGGAAGUACCAUAAGUUCUUUGAAAAGGCAGCAGAGAAUGUGAAGGAAAAUGUUGGAGACGACGUUCAGACUGACCAGCUGAUCAGAGAGGCCUGCAGGAACGUUCUAGAACAUGCCAAGCAGCUGUUUCCAGAGGGGGAGGUGAAGAGGGCGGGGUCAGAGGUCGCCAUCAAGAGGUCCAGAACUGCUGAUGAAGACUACAUUCAGAGAGGAAGCCCCCUCCCAAAGAAGAGACGAACUCGUCCAGGUUUGGCAGUGGUUUCCUCUGAUCGACCUCACACCUUCUCCACUCAAGUGAAGCUCAAGUCUGAUCCCAUCAAGAGAGAAGGACCAAAGUGGGAUCCAUCCAGACUGAACGAAGGUAGCACGUUUGUUCUCGGCUCCAGAGCCAACAAACAGCAGACACUUAGCCACCUUCACACUGCACCUGAACACAGCAGAGACACUGAGCUGCCUUCACACCACACUUGUGUUUGUGUCCAGGCCUACCUGCUGAUUGAGGAGGACAUCCAGGAUCUGUCUCGUAGUGAUGAGUACAAGGACUGCCCGGAUGUCAGGAUGGACGAGUUGAAGCCAUUCUCAGUUCCUCUGUGGAUGGUGGAGAAGAUGCAGAGAGCCAUGGAGGCUCAGAGAGAUGCUGACCUCUGACCCCACCCCCCACCACACCAAUAGAUCAUUGUGAAACCUGAGCAGACGCUGUAGAAACAAUGAACCAAUAAGGGGGAAGAGAGAUUUAUCAUGUGAUUGUUAUGGUUACUGCUGUUUUUUUUUUUAAAUAAAAAACUAAAAAACUCUGAA